AUGGACACAGUCGAGUCUCUACGGCCCAAUACUGAAGAUCUGUGGAAAAUUGCAGUCAAACAGCUCCCUGAAGAAGACAAAGCCUGCCUCGACGUAGACUGCCCAGAUAGACGCCAGAUCGUCGCCAGGUCCCUCGAGCUCACCAACAACGCAAAGCAGCGAUGCGAGAGAAUGGCCUGGCGGUUCAAAAGAAAGAGCGGCGAAGUAGUUAUUGCCAGAGACGUUCUCGCUAAGGUUGCUCGAUGGAUCGAGCACUUUAAAGCCGUCGGUGACACCAUAGUUCAGUAUGAUCCUGCCCAUGCGGCCCUUCCUUGGGCUGGCGUGCGGUUUGUCCUCCAGAUCUGUGUCGACCACUUCGAGACACACGCCUUUCUUCUUGAGGCGAUUCCAGCAAUUGCCCAACAAAUUUGUCGCUGUGCGCUAAUGGAAGAGCUGCUUAUGCCCUCUCUGUCAGACGCAGCUGAAGAGCUAAAGCGGGCACUCGUCAAACUCUAUGCAAGUAUUCUGACUUAUCAAGCACGAGUAAAGGCCUAUUUCCAAAAAUCUACGACAGUGCAAAUCCUACAAAGCCUGCAGGGAGAACCGUCCAAAUUUGAAUCGGCUUUUAAGGCUAUUCUCGAUGCGCAGGCAGAUGUGGAGCGCUGCUUUCAGAUAGCAAGCGUACAAGAACAACUCAAGAGGCUAGCUCAAUUAAAAGAUGCCUUUGCAAAGCUCGAGAUACCGAUAAACCGUUGGAGCGACGGGCUGGUGAAAAUUACGGAUAAACUCGAUAGGCUAAGAAGAAAAGAUAUCCUACAGUGGAUCUCAGAGGAACAAUACCUGCAACACCAUAAACGGGAACAGGAAAGCUUCCUCGAAGGAACCGGAGAGUGGCUCCUCUCGAACCCCGUUUUUAAGCAAUGGAAAGAAGAAAGUGCAUCGUCGAUCCUAUGGCUACAUGGCAUUCUCGGUUCAGGCAAGAGCAAGCUCACGUCUCUGGUCAUUGAAGAUGCUCGAGAGGCAUUCCAGAAACAGCAGGCGCUAUCUCCAGCCUUUUUCUACUGCUCGCGCAACCCUGCCGAGCCUGGUCGCUCAGACCCCGAGAAGAUUAUCGCAAGUAUCGUCCGGCAGCUGUCGUCUGUUGGGCCUGGAAAACCAAUCUUACAACCGAAAAUCGCAGUCUAUCAGUCACAUGAGGAUCAAGGGUUCGCUGCUGGUUCUCUACAGAUACAGGAUAGUUCCAAACUCCUACUACAGCUCCUUGAAAAUUAUCCAACGGCGACCAUUAUCAUAGACGCCUUGGAUGAGUGUCGCGCAGAUACGAGACACAAGCUUCUGGAAUGCCUCGAACACAUUCUUCGCGAGUCUUCCACCCUCGUCAAGAUAUUCGUCUCCAGCCGAGACGAUCAAGAUAUCGUAUGUAAGCUCCAGAACUACCCCGGUUUAGAGCUCUCAUCGCACCUGAACUCGAACGAUAUCGCUCGUUUCGUCCAAUUCGAAACAAAAUCUUUGGUCGCAAAACAAAACCUUCUUCGAUUAAGUCGUAGGAAGGACGAGCUAAGCCAAAAGAUUAUCAGAGUUGUAUCAGACGGGGCUGAUGGCAUGUUCCGGUGGGCUAGUUUACAGUUGCAAGCUCUCUGCGAAUUAAAGUCCGACGAUGCGAUCCUUGAGCGACUUGGUCGGCUGCCAUCAACAUUAGAGGAACUAUAUCAGGAGAUCGCCGAUAAGAUUAAAGCGUACGACGCUAAGGCUGAUCGUCAAUAUGCUGUAAACGCUCCAUCUUGGCUUCUUUGUUCUCGGAGGAGGCUGAGCUCUGAAGAAUUCCUCGCAGCUGUCUCAACCAGUCCCAGUCAACUGUCGACAGCUCUGACCAAAUACAACGUGUUGGACUUAUGCUGCAAUCUUAUAGUCUUCGACUCCACUCUCGACGAGUUCCGGUUUGCACAUUUGUCUGUCAGAGAAUUUCUGGAAACAAAAGAGGCAUAUGCCAGUACUGCAAUCAAUAGUAUAGCAGCACAAUGCUGCCUAACGGCCCUGAUGCCCUUCAAGGAGGUAGAUAUAUCGAAGAAUGGUCUCGCCAAGGAUUACGAAACAAACCGUCUAUAUAAAUAUGCAAGCAUUUACUGGGCACCACAUUGCCACGACGCCGCCGAGGAAAGGAGACACGGCCAUCUCUCUAUGCUUUUGGAAACAUUUUUAUCAGACUUACCUCCACGUUUGCCGUUUACUACAUGGAAUAGUGAAGUUACUACGUGGAUUGAUGGCGUGAAUACAUAUGACCGGAAGUUGAUUGAUAAGCUAGGAGUCUGUCAGUCGGGGGAUUCUCCCAGCCUUUUCGUGGCAAGCGCCUUCGACUUUGCUGAAGUUAUCCAGAUCCAACUUCGUGAGGGGGCUCUACUAAAAGGCUCGAUUUUAACAAAAUGCACCGUUAUUACGGCUUCAUUUGGAUGCUAUGAAGCACUCUUAGAGCUCUUAGGUUCAAAGGAAGUGAAAAUUACAGAGGACGUGGUCAAGGCGGCGGCAGGGAAUUAUCGGAGUGGGAAAGAGGUCAUGGCACUGCUUCUCGAGAAGAGGGGAGACCAGGUCCAGAUCACAGAGGACGUGGUCAAGGCGGCGGCAAGGAAUAUGGAGAAUGGGAAAGAGUUCAUGGCACUGCUUCUCGAGAAGAGGGGAGACCAGGUCCAGAUCACAGAGGACGUGGUCAAGGCGGCGGCAGGGAAUUAUUGGAGUGGGAAAGAGGUCAUGGCACUGCUUCUCGAGAAGAGGGGAGACCAAGUCCAGAUCACAGAGGACGUGGUCAAGGCGGCGGCAGGGAAUAGGGGGAAUGGAAAAGAGGUUAUGGCACUGCUUCUCGAGAAGAGGGGAGACCAGGUCCAGAUCACAGAGGACGUGGUCAAGGCGGCGGCAGGGAAUAGGGGGAAUGGGAAAGAGGUCAUGGCACUGCUUCUCGAGAAGAGGGGAGACCAAGUCCAGAUCACAGAGGACGUGGUCAAGGCGGCGGCAGGGAAUUAUCGGAGUGGGAAAGAGGCCAUGGCACUGCUUCUCGAGAAGAGGGGAGACCAGGUCCAGAUCACAGAGGACGUGGUCAAGGCGGCGGCAAGGAAUAUGGAGAAUGGGAAAGUGGUCAUGGCACUGCUUCUCGAGAAGAGGGGAGACCAAGUCCAGAUCACAGAGGACGUGGUCAAGGCGGCGGCAGGGAAUUAUGGGAGUGGGAAAGAGGUCAUGGCACUGCUUCUCGAGAAGAGGGGAGACCAGGUCCAGAUCACAGAGGACGUGGUCAAGGCGGCGGCAAGGAAUAUGGAGAAUGGGAAAGAGUUCAUGGCACUGCUUCUCGAGAAGAGGGGAGACCAGGUCCAGAUCACAGAGGACGUGGUCAAGGCGGCGGCAGGGAAUAGGGGGAAUGGGAAAGAGGUCAUGGCACUGCUUCUCGAGAAGAGGGGAGACCAGGUCCAGAUCACAGAGGACGUGGUCAAGGCGGCGGCAGGGAAUUAUUGGAGUGGGAAAAAGUUCAUGGCACUGCUUCUCGAGAAGAGGGGAGACCAGGUCCAGAUCACAGAGGACGUAGUCAAGGCAGCAGCAGGGAAUGGGAAAGAGAUCAUGGCACUGCUUCUCGAGAAGAGGGGAGACCAGGUCCAGAUCACAGAGGACGUGGUCAAGGCGGCGGCAGGGAAUAGGGGGAAUGGGAAAGAGGUCAUGGCACUGCUUCUCGAGAAGAGGGGAGACCAAGUCCAUAUCACAGAGGACGUGGUCAAGGCGGCGGCAGGGAAUUAUGGGAGUGGGAAAAAGUUCAUGGCACUGCUUCUCGACAAGAGGGGAGACCAGGUCCAGAUCACAGAGGACGUGGUCAAGGCGGCAGCAGGGAAUGGGAAAGAGAUUAUGGCACUGCUUCUCAAGAAGAGAGGAGACCAGGUCCAGAUCACAGAGGACGUGGUCAAGGCGGCAGCAGGGAAUGGGAAAGAGAUCAUGGCACUGCUAAUUAGAGAACGCAGGGAAGAUGUAGUCAGCAAGCUUACCGAUGAUGUAUGCUAUGCCGCAGCUACCAGUGGCCAGUAUGGAGUUCUGGACCUUCUCUCUCGACUUAAUGGUCUCUCGGCACGAAAGGACGAGUGGUGUAACAUCGCAAUUUUCUACAAUGCCUCGCAAUCCGGAAAUUUGGAAACCGUCACAAAACACUUAUUUCAGGAAAUCAGUCCUGAUCUAAAUGAUACUUUAGGCAGGACGCCUCUAUGGGUUGCUGCAAGUCGGGGACAUAAAAAUAUUGUGGAACAUCUGGUACAGAGAACUGAUAUCGACAUUAACUCGAGGAGCAUAUCGGGAAGGCCGCCAAUAUUCUGGCCAUCUGCUUACGGGAACGAGGACAUAGUAAAAAUACUGGUGGGUGCCGGAGCGGACCCAAAUGUUGAGGAUAUUGAUGGAGAAACCCCUAUCUCGAUGGCCAGGAAAAAUGGGCACAUAACGGUGGUAGAGAUACUGGAGAAGUCGGGUACAUGUUCUGGAGGUAGGGCUGUAUUGUAA